CUGAAAGAAAAUGAGUAGAGCGGGGCUCCCUGUCUUCCCCCGAGGAACUGGCAGCGGAGCCGCUAGGGCUUCCCCUGCAGCCGAGGAGGUUAAACCGGUUAGGACCAGAAAGGUCGGGGGUGAGCCAGGGCACUGCCCCCACGUUUGCUGGGCAGCGCCGAGACCCGCUGAGCCCGAAACGGACCAACAGCCUCACGCACUUGGACUCGGCUCCCGUGUGUCGCUGGCCCUGGAGCCUAGCGCUCAGGAUUCAGCCACUACCUGUAGUGAGCUGCACAACCACCAUCACCUGGAGGAUGAACGCUUUGACCCCUGGAGCACGUUUACUGAGGGUCCUGGAACAUCCCUUCCACCAUAUCUUAAUCUAAUACAUACUCUUUUCAACCCAACGGAACUAUCAAAGACUGAACUGUUUAAAGAAAAGGCAAUGAGGGAAGUGAUGGAACUGAACAAGCAAAUAAAACAAAUUAAAAUCCAGGUGAAUCAGCUAAAGGAAGACAGCUCGCUGCUCUGGAUGGAAAAGCAACUUGUCCAGGCUGAACACAAAUUACUUGUGGAAUGCCUGGCCAACAAAAUUGAAGAGUCUGAAGGACAACCUGUGAGGCUAUGGAACAACUAUGUACAAAAGAGUGAGGAGAUUGAACUACGGAGGCAGGAAUCAGCCGCCAGAUAUGCAAAACAAGCUUCAACCCUUAAAGCAGAGUUCUUGCAGAAACAAAAGACCCAAGCCCUUCUGAAGCACCAGCUGCAGGCACUGGAGAGCAUUUUAACAUUAAAAGAAAAACAGGAUGUGGAAUUAGAGACCUUGCAGAAGGAGAAAAGGAAGGUCCAAGAUGAGGGCGCUGCAAAGGCACAGGAAAUACGUGUGCAGUUACUUGAGGAAAAAACACGUUUGGAGAAACAACUAAGUGAGCCAGACUUGAGCCAGGUAGGAAAGAGGAAAAGAUGGGAGCUUAAUAAGAAGAGCCAGACCUUGGCACUGUCAGCAAAACAGUAUACUCUCGAGUUCUACCGUAGCAUCAGCAGAGAGAAACAACAGCUACAGAUGGAUCUACAACAACUAGUUCAGCAAUCUCAAGAAAUGGUGGCUUGUCAACGCCACUUAAAAAACAGGAGGCAACAACUGCAGCAGGAACAGUGGUACCUGGAGGGUGUAAUCCGGGGAAAGCAACGAAUGCAAGCAAGAUCUAACUGGUGCCUAAAACGACAAGGUGGUCUGAAGACCUCAUCAGCCCCUCCACUAGACACCAAAUCAAGGGUUAACCCCAAGGAAUCUUUAAAGUGACAGAUUACAUAAGCAUUGUGCACGUAGUUUGGGGAUCUAAAAACCCAGGAGUGUUUUAGACCUCAGAUUGCUAUGGGAAGUUGUCCUUCAUGAUGUGUAAUUAGGAAGGAUUGUAUGUUUUCUUUCAGCAGCUUCAUAUUUCUUCCCAAGCCAGUUCUUCCUCUAACUCUCAGCUGGUAAUUAUUAUGUAUGUCCUACACACAUCCAGUUUAUAUGACCCUACCUGACUACCCAGCCAUUUCCCCAAUACUCCAUACUUUAAACUCUCUCAAGAAAAUCAACUUGCAAUGAGAGAAAAAAGUUGUGACUUAUUUCAUCUACCUUAUUUAUAGAGAAAGCACCUUUAAGGAUAGCAUUUUGGCUUUUGUGUAUUUCUUUCAGCGCAGUAAGCCACUAUCAGUUUAUCCUCAUUCUUGUUGACCAACUCAGAACAGUGUUUUUAAGCUCAUGACCAAGUAGAUCCUUCUGUAGUUUUUUCAUGAAGUGAAAAGUAUUCUGAUGAUAGUCCAUCCAAUAAAUGCACAGUAGCCAUGUGCCUUUGGUCUAAUGCCAAGCCUCUAGUUUUCAGCUCUAAUCUGAGAAGCUAAGGUUGAAAGUGACUCUUGUGUUAAAUCGACUGAUUUUGAGAAUAUUUUCUGUGAGGAAAUACCUAGACUAUUAAUGACAAGACUGAAUGCCUCUGUUUAAGAAAAUGUUACCAAGAAGUUCUAAAAUGUUUGGAUAAGUCUUAUGGCAGCUGAUGGUACUGUUAUGCCCCUAACAAUACUUAAAUUCUAUGACAAAAUUGAUUUAGUUCACUUAUUUUUUCUACAUGUACACUUUGUAGUACAUGAAAUGCCUUUUACUAGUAAUAUGUGUCAUAGUCCAUUUUACAAAAGUGGAACUAGAAUUUUAGAUGAAUCCCAAUCUUAGCAUUUUUUGCACUUACGAAAUAUUUAUGUUUAAACCAGUUACUUAAAUGUUGAAUCCUUAUUCAGGAAUGUAUCCUUAAAACAGUAAAAAUCUAUUUAGGACUAUAAUUUAUCUGUUGAUUUUUUUUUUUUUUUACUGUUCAUAUAAAAUUUAUUUCCUACUUCAUUUUACUUCUCUAAUUCUUUGUCUUAAUGUUUACUGGUAUGCCAAUAAAGCUGUAAUUUUAAUUGCCCAGAAAGACUGCAAUUGGAAAAGCAUGGUACGUCAAGUUCAAGGCCCUAUUCUCUGCAAAUACAAAAACCCUAGUAUAGGACAACACACACCUAAAACUAACCAAGGGCCCCCUGGUGGCAUAGUGUCUGUGCGUUGGGUAGUUACUGCAAGAUCCGCAGUUCAAACAGGAGAAAGAUGGGGCUUUCUACUCCUGUGGUUAAGUCUUGGGAACCCACAGAAAG